UAUCUGGCACAUGAUCAAAACAUGGCGGCCGAAGACAAACUCGUACAAGAUUUUCUUAUUUAUAAAAUUGGCUCUCUAUGCGCAAUUUCAGGUGUAAUAUGGAUCUUUCGAGAUACCAUAAGGUAUCAUACAUUUCAGAGAUUUUUUGCAUGGAUCAUGAACAAAAUUACAUUUCGACUGAAUCGUGGAUUGAAAAAAUACAAAACAAAAGUGUUCCAGUUUGUACACGAAUAUCAAGAAAGUGUAAACAAAGACUUGAGGAUCCUCGAAGUUGGCGCAGGCACAGCUGCAAAUUUAGCAUUCCUACCAUCAAAUACUAAACUAGUUUGUCUUGAUCCAAAUCCACAUUUUGUUAGCUACAUUAAGAAAAAUUUGAAACAACAUGAUACUGUGAUAUCUGCAGAAAUUUUACAUGGUUAUGCAGAAGAUAUGCCGCUUGAGAAUGACAGCUUUGAUGUGGUUGUGUGCACACUAGUUAUGUGUUCUGUAAAAGACAUGGAAAUGUCCUUACAAGAAAUCAAAAGAGUUUUGAAGAAGGGUGGACUCUAUGUGUUUCUGGAGCAUGUGGGAGCAGAAAAGAACACAUGGCGUUGGAUAUCACAGUGUAUCAUGAAUCCGUUUCACUGGACUUUUGGUGAUGGUUGUGAAGUGAAAAGAGAGACAGAAAAAGUCAUCAAAGAAGCUGGAUUCUCCCACGUUUAUAUGGAAAAAUUCUACCCUAAAGCGAUGCCAUUUUGGUGUAAACCCUGCAUUCUUGGAAGUGCCACUAAGUAGUAAAAAGUUACUUAAAACUUAAUUACGGCUUCCAGUUGGUCCAUACCUCAGAUGUUUUAUCAUUAAACUUUCCUGAAAAUAUUGUUAGUUUUACAAAAUGUAUGACAGUUUAAGCUAUUUUUUCAGCUCCAGUGAUAUCGUAGCAGAGCAAACAUAGCUAGCAUUACUUUAUUCUGUUUUGAAUGUUUUUUUACCUUGUUAAGUGUUCAGACAUCCUUGAAAAGCAGGUGCAAGUUUAAUGACAAGUUUGAAAAUAAGUUGGAGAUCUUAGAAUCAAAUUAGUAAAUUCAGUACUAUUCAUAUAAUAUUUUGAAUCAUAUCAGUCCUUGGUAUGUUGAAAAACACUUGUUUAGCAAACAAAAAUUAAAUAUGUUUUUGUCUAUUUAUCAAAAUAAAAGCACAAAUAAUUCUUCUCCAUAAGCUAAAUGUAAUGUUAUGUUUUACAUGCAUAAUAAGCACAGGUACUUAUCCUAUUGUCUGUGUUAUGUUUUUGUGGAAUUUCAUAGCUUUAUGUUAUUAUGACGUUGAAAGAUGUUACUUCUUUUGUGACCUUGAAAGAUGUUGUUUAUGAUUUUGUUGUUUAUGAUUUUGUACAUAGUUUUAUUUCCUGUGACAUUAAUUAUUUAUAUUUGAGAUUUUUAUUCAGGGCGUUGCUGCGGGCUGUUGAAGCAAAUAGUUUUGAGAAUUUGUUGAAAAUUAUUACCUGUUGUCUUGGAGUCCGGCAUGAAUGUUUUAAAACUUUACCUCAGUUUUACCCCAGUUUUAAGUUUAUGUAUUUAUAAAAAUUUUGGCAUUUCUUUUAAGAUUCUUAUUUAUGCCUUCAUACAACAAUUCAUUAUAGUACAUGUAAUGUAUAUACUUGUAUAAUUUUGUUUAUCAUGAUUUCCUAACCCAUAGUUUGAGUAAUUGUUUUAAACUUGAUACAAGACAUCAAACAUCAUAGGAUUAUUGCCUGUUCUCAUUAGAUGAACCUCAUUAAUUUUAGAAUUAAUUAAAGGGCAAGAAUAAAAUGGUUCAGGUAAUAACUGAGGAUCAAGUGCCUACAGCUUUCAAAUUCCAUACAGUUGUACAAAUGGAUCUUGGUUAAACGCUUUUGGUGUAUAGUCUCCUUUUAUGGGUGUCUCUCAGGAAUGUUUAAUCAGUUCUGCUUGCCCUUUAGUGUGCCACCAAUGUUCAAGAUGCUGCAUUACAAUUCCAAAAUUGUAACCCAUGUAUAACAUGGUACUGAGCUUUCUACAAAUUUUGCACACUUAAUAUCAGGGAUUUCUUCAUUUUAAAAUUUUUGUGUUAAGUUUUUAUAAAAGCGACAUGGAAAAUCUUGGCUAAUGAUUUUAAAUUUUUCAUUAUAUGACAUAAUUUUAAAAUAAAACUUUAAAUAUUUAAAUGAAUUUGUUGAUUUCAAAAUUUGAACAUAAAUGAAUAAAAAAUUUCUAUGUUCAUUAGGAUUUAAUUUAAUCAAUGAAAAUGAUGCCUCCCCCCCCACCCCCCUCCACAAAUGAUUUCACAAUGUAUAUAAGAAUAUACACCGGUUGUUAAUCAUUUGUUCAAUUGUUCAUAUUUAAAAAAAAAAUGAUAAUAAUAUAUUUUCUUUUUAGCUCACCUGAGCCAAAGGCUCAUGGUGAGCUUUUGUGACUGCUCACUGUCCGUCGUGUGUUGUCCAUCCAUCAACAUUUUCUAAAAACAUCUUCUCCUAGAAAACCACUGGGCAGAAAUACACCAAACUUCACAGGAAUGAUCCUUGGGUGGCCCCUUUCAAAAUUUUUCAAAGAAUUGAAUUCCAUACAGAACUCUGGUUGCCAUGGCAACCGAAAGGAAAAACUUUAAAAUCUUCUUGUCCAAAACCUCAAGGUGUAGAGCUUUGAUAUUUGGCAUGUGACAUCAUCUUAUGGUCCUCUUUCAAGAUUGUUCAAGUUGUGCCACUGGGAUGAAAAGAGGCCCCACCCUGGGGGUCACAAGUUUCACAUGGACUUAUAUAGGAAUUUUUUAAAAAAAAUCUUCUUGUCUAAUACCAUAAGACCUAGGCCUUUGAUAUUUUGUAUGUAACAUUGCCUUGUAGUCCUUUACCAAAAUUGUUCAAAUUAUGCCCCUUGGGUGAAAAGAAGCCCUGCCCCGGGGGGUCUCAAGUUUUACAUAGACUUAUAUGACGUUACGCUCAUUGUUGGCGUACAUUAACGUAACUGACGUUAUCGUCGUUUUUAGCGGUUAAGACGUUAAAGGGAUUACUUGGGGUGGUUGGACUACAGUUUUCAUAAAUCAUGUCGUUUCGAUAUUUAAGGAAAUAUUUGAUAUAGAUGUACUAUGUAAUAUUUAUUCAAUAUAAUUAUUUAUCAGACAGUGAAUUAUAUUGCGGUGUUCAGAUACAAUUGUAAUACAUAUACAUUAUUUAGUUUUCAAACGUAACGUCGACGUUACAUUAAUUUCACGGCUGUGAUAUCUCAGCUAGAUUUUGCAAUUUUCAUGUGUUAAAUUUAAUUCAUAUUCAACGUAAGACUUAUGCAUAUCAAUUUGCAGACAGUUGUAUGUACUUUGACUGUAGUCGCUGUUUUGUAAACAAAUACAUAUUUCUUUAAAUAUUUCGGCACGUAACAACUUAGUAAUUUUAUUUUUUGCAUUUUUUGACACGUGUGACAUCGCGGCUAGAUUAAAGUAUACAUAUAUUAAACGCCAUUAUCAAAGUCAAUAUACGACAAAAACUUACUAUUUCAAAAGUAGAAUUUAUGUACUUUUUCUCAAAAUAAAUAUUAUAGAAAGCAUACAAUAGUUAAAGAAAAUGCAGAAAUUUUAACAAAUCCUGUCGAGGGAAGACAUUAAAUCUUACGUUUUAAGUUGGAUCUGUCUUUUGCUUCCUGUUUGUUACAAGAAGUAUUGAACAGCAAAUGACUGCAAUGACAUCAAAUAGUUAACGACACGUCACCGAGUCUUCUUAUUUGACGGGAAAAAAAAUUUUUUUAUGAAUUUACCAAGCCGAUAAAUAAUGCGCAUUGGUGAAUUCUGUUACAUCUUACAUGACGUUUUAGUGUUGUUUUCUAUGAUUCUAUGUUGAAUUAAAUUUUUACUAAUUGUUAAACAUAAAUGCGAUCAUAUUUACUAACAGGGAGAUUGUUUUGCCUUUCUUGUGAUAAAAGAAGAUAAACAACCGUAUUUCUAAAACGAAUUUCAUGAAACAUUGAAGUGAACGAAACUGAAAAAUUUCCGAUGUUCGCCAACAACGUACGCAACGUCAUAUAGGAAAAAACUUUAAAAAUCUUAUCUGAAACUGCAAGGCCUAUGCUUUUGAUAGUUGGUAUUUUGCAUUGGCUAGUGGUCCUCUACCAAAAUUAUUCAUAUUAUGCCCCUGGGGUGAAAAGAGGCCCUAACCCUGGGGGUCUCAAGUUUUACAUAGACUUAUAUAGGAAAAAAACUUUUAAAAUCUUCUUGCCUGAAACUGCAUGGCCUAGGCUUUUGAUAUUUGGUAUGUUGCCUUUCCUAGUGUUUCUCUACCAAAAUUGUUCUAAUUAUGUCCCUGGGGGUGAAAAGAGGCCCUGCCCUGGGGGUACCAAGUUUAACAUAGACUUAUUUAGGGGGAAAAAAUAUUUAAGAUCUUCUUGUCUGAAAGUUCAAGGCCUAGGCCUUUGAUAUUUGGUAUGUAGCAUUGCCUGGUGGAUCUCUAACAAGAUUGUUCAAAUUAUGCCCAUGGGGUAAAAAGAGGCCCCGUCACUUCUUAUAUGAGUUAUAUAGGAAAAAAUGCUUCAAAAAUUAUCAGACUGUUCAAUUAUAAGUACCUGAUGACCCAAAGUGAUUAGGGAUCACUUGACUGUGACCUUGACCUACUGACCUACUUUCUUGUUUUUUUAAGAUACAGCCUUGAAAUUUGGAUGACAUGUACAGUUUAGCACACUGAUCUUAAAACUGACUUUCAGUGACCAUAAAUGUGACCUACUGAUCUUCUAUCUUAAUAUUUUAGAAUCAGUUUGACAUUUGAAACGUGUAGCUCAUAUUACUCAGGUGAGUGAUCCAGGGUCAACAUGACCCUCUUAUUGUAAUUUAUUUAUGAUUUUAAUUUAUUUGUAGACAAGGAAUGUUGUAAUAGCACUCCUUUAUUUUUAAUGUAUGCACCAUGUAAGAGCUAUUCUUAUUUUGAGCUCAACUAACAUAAGAAACAGUUUUCUUUUACCAGGUAUCAAUCGUUUACUUGAUAAUCAUGUUAGACUUAAAUUCUUGGAAGUCUGACUUAAACAUUUUAACUUGGCAUUAUAAUGGCAUUAUAUCUAUUUUAGCUUAACUGUGCAAUGUUCAAUUUUAGCUUAACUGUACAAAGUAUAUGGAGAGUUGUCCUACUUAGGGCAGUGUCUGCAUCACAGCUUGGUUAGUAUUUUGAUGCACUUUCACUUUAUCUUUGUAAAUACUUACGUAUUUGAUUUAGACUCUUCCUUAACAUCAACGAAAAG